AUGACGAUUUUAGUCGCGCCUCUUUCUCUCCCUUACAUUGUGACCCGAAAUUCAUGCAGCUCUGAAAUUCCAUCACCAAAUCCCCUCCUUCCUGAGAGCCUUAACUCACCACCGAGUGGAGGUAAUGGUGAAUUCAACAAUGAGGCACUGCAUGGAAUUGACUUCACCCCGGAUGCCACCCUAAACCACAAGCACAUAUUUACUUCCGAUACACCCCUUCCACCAAAGAAGGGCAUGGGCUAUCCGUUUCCCUCAAAACCGCAGUUAAAUGGUGGGCCUGUUAGGAUAGGUCUACGUGGACGUCAAAGUGCAUUGUGGAAUAAAAUGAGAUCCAACACCCCCCACGAACAUGGAACUGUGCUCGUUAUGACCCCCCAUGAAACGAACCUGAUUGUCGAAAAGGUUGUUGUAAUGCACAAUGGGAUUGCCAAGAAGAGCAUUGGCGGUAGUGGGUUUGUUGGCGGUGGUAGAAACCGGAGUGGCAGUGACUGCGUUAGCCGAUUUGGCGUUAGCUGGGUUCUAGAAGCAUUCUUCUGA